AUGUCGUCAGACAAGUCGCACCAGAACGAGGCCAACAAGUGGCCGGAGCCCAAGAGCCCCUGGGAGAAGAUGGUCGACUGCGAGACAUGCAGGGAACGCCACUUCGGCGUAGGCGGAGCUGCCGGUAUGCUUCUCGUCCGUCGAGACGAGACCAAGGCGGACCGCCCUGUCACACACGUGAUCCUUCAACACCGGUCGUUCUCCACCACCGCGGGAGGCACAUGGGCUAUGCCAGGCGGGGCCUUGGACGGGGAGUGCGAGACCCCGCGUCAGGCGGCUAUUCGCGAGGCAUCCGAGGAGGUAGGUCUUCCCCGGGGCUGCGCGGAUGGACCUGACCCCAUCAUCAACAUCUGGUACGAGCGUGCAUUCUUGGACCACGGAUCUUGGAGGUACACUUCCGUUAUUGCUGACGUGAUCAAGCCGUUCGAGCCUACAGUCCCACAGGGAGACUCUGAGUCCCUGGAGACUAAAUGGGUUGGAAUCCAGGAUGUGGAAAAGCUUCCCUUACACCCUUCCUUCGAGCAGGCCUGGCCAGAACUGAAGUCUGUUCUUGAGACUACACCUGGUGCAUUGAUAAUGCGGUAG